UCUUACAAAUUCAACCUGCAGGCUUCUUAGACAAUUAUUCAGUUCUACAGGUUUUGCCAAAACAAAUAUAUUCACCCAUCAAGGAACAUUUUUGCACAUCCUACAUUGGCAAUGGGUUCUUUCUCUCUCAUUUCUCUCUUUACCCUCUCCUUAUUUUGUUGUAGCUGCUUGAUACACGCUCAGCAGCCUUAUGUUGGACGAAAAACAACAGAUUGCACAAAUCCAGAUACUUCAGAUUCUGUUCUUGGUUACACCUGUAAUGGCUUAAACAGGAGUUGCCAAAGUUACCUGAUUUUCAGAUCCCAACCCUCAUUCAAUACCGUUGCAUCAAUAUCCAAUCUCUUGUCUUCUGACCCAUCUCAAAUUGCUGAGAUAAAUGAGGUUUCUGAGACCGCGUCAUUUGAAACAAACCAGAUGGUGAUAGUUCCUGUCAACUGCUCAUGUUCUGGUGACUACUAUCAGGUAAACACAACCUAUACUGUUCAGAGUGGGGACGGCUACCUUUUGAUUGCAAAUAACACCUUCCAAGCCCUCUCAACAUGUCAAGCUAUACAGAACCAGCAGCCUGAUAUUCCUUCUCAAAGUUUGACCAUUGGAUUGAGAAUAACGGUUCCUCUUAGAUGUGCUUGUCCCACAAAGAAUCAAACUGAUGCAGGAAUUAACUAUCUGUUGAGCUACCUAAUUGCUGAAGGUGAUAGUGUUCCAGGUAUUAGUCAGUUGUUUGGGGCAGAUACCGCAAAGACUCUUGAAGCUAAUGAGCUUUCCGAUCCCACCAUUAAUUUCUUCACCACACUUUUGGUUCCCCUUCAGGACCCACCGUCUAAAAUCACAGUGCCCUCUCCACCCGCACCCCCACCUUCAUCUCCACCUCCACCUCCACCUCCACCUUCUCCCAGUGGAAGCUCAAACAAAACAUGGAUUUAUAUUCUUGUUGGUGUUCUUGGGGGAGGUGCUCUUAUAUUGGUUGUUGGCGCAGUGAUUUUUUGUGUGUUCUUCCGUAAAAGCAAGAAGAAACCUGACUUGAUCAUCACCUCAGAAAGUUUUGAAGCUCAUGGAAAACCAUUGAAGAAAAAGUUGGAUGAUGAGUCCCAGGACGUCUUGGAUAGUAUGUCAAAUAUAGCUCAAUCUCUCAAUCUCAAGCUGUACAAAUUUGAAGAAUUGCAGGUUGCAACAGAUAACUUCAGCCCCAGCUGUCAGAUUAAAGGAUCAGUUUACCGCGGUGUAAUUAAAGGUGAUUUUGCUGCUAUUAAGAAAGUACAUGGAGAUGUGUCAAAGGAGAUAGAAUUAUUGAACAAGGUCAACCACUCAAAUCUUAUUCGCCUUUCUGGAGUUUGUUUCCAAGAUGGGCACUGGUAUCUGGUCUAUGAGUAUGCCGUCAAUGGAGCAUUGAGCGAUUGGAUCUUUCACAACGACAACAGCGGAAAAUACUUAAGCUGGAAGCAGAGAAUUCAGAUUGCAUUAGAUGUAGCCACAGGACUAAACUACCUCCAUAGCUUCACCAAUCCUCCUCAUGUCCACAAGGACUUGAAAUGCAGUAAUGUUCUUCUUGAUGGUGAUUUCAGGGCUAAGAUUGCAAACUUUGCUCUUGCAAGGGCAACGGAAGGGCGUGAGGGCCAAUUUGCCUUGACAAGGCACAUUGUUGGGACAAAGGGUUACAUGGCUCCUGAGUAUGUGGAAAAUGGCUUUGUCUCCACAAAGCUUGAUGUUUACGCAUUCGGGGUUCUUUUGUUGGAAAUAAUAACCGGGAAGGAGGCUGCUGCAUUCUAUGGUGAGGAAUACAUGAACUUAUCAGACAUCUUAAGCAAUGUGCUUCAUGAGAAAGAUGGAGAGGAGAGUUUGAAGCAUUUCAUUGACCCCUUCAUGCUAGAGAAUUAUCCUUCAGAACUUGCCAUACUUGUUGUCAAAUUGAUAAAUACUUGCUUAAAGAAAGAUCCAACUGCUCGCCCAGCUAUGCAAGAAAUUGUGCAGUCUCUGUCAAGAAUUCUGACCACCUCAUCGAGGGAUUCAUCAAGCAACAUGUCGUGGUCUCAAGCAUCUAGUGGGAGCUACUGAUGGCACCGUGGCUGAAAUGGAAUCUUGAGUUACUUUUAGUUAGCUUUUAGCUUCUAUUUUAUUUUUUUAUCAAGUUUUUGCAAGUUUUAUGGCCUUCUCUGCCAAACCCUGUCUCCCUCAUUUUCUAGUUGGCUGCACCAUGAGUUGAGUUAAUUCACAUCUGCAAUGGCUGCACUUGCAGUUCUUCUUUUUUGCUA